AUGUCCAAAUCCUGGGAGGACCUUAAUCUUAUUUCCGAGUGCUUGCAGGGUAUCAAUCAUCUGGGCUUUGAGCGUCCUUUACCUAUCCAAUCUACUGUUGUGCCUCUCCUUCUAAGUCGCAAAGACGUUGCUGCUGAGGCGGUCACGGGGUCUGGCAAGACUCUUGCCUUCAUCAUACCAGUUUUAGAAAUUCUUGCAAAGCGCAAAGGUUCAUGGAAGACGCAUGAGGCAGGUUUUUUUGCCUUUCCUUGGGCACUCGUAACUGACGUUUUAUGCAUAAUACCUCUUGUUGAGCCCAGCAUCCUAACAGGGCCGUUUGUCCUUAAAUAUUUUAUGAACAAGUCUCCGGAGUGUGAUGACAUUCUAAUUGAUCAAAUUAUUGACAAUCAUGUUGUCUUAGUUACCAUGAGGUCAAUUCCUCCCAGGGACUUUUAUGGCCAAGGAAAUUGA